UCUGUGGGAUGCAUCGUCACUGGCCAGAGGUCUUCUACCUGCUGCAUUAGCUCCGCCACUCUGUUCUCUUUUCAAAAUUUCAGCAUCUGCAGACCUUUCUCAACAUUAGUUUUUAAGUAUUUGAGUACAAAAAUGUCUGAAAGAAAAGCUGUCAUUAAGAAUGCUGACAUGCCAGAAGACAUGCAGCAGGAGGCUGUGGAAUGUGCUACUCAGGCACUAGAGAAGUACAACAUUGAGAAAGACAUAGCAGCUUACAUCAAGAAGGAAUUUGACAAAAAGUACAAUCCAACCUGGCAUUGUAUUGUGGGCAGAAACUUCGGAAGUUAUGUGACUCAUGAAACUAAACAUUUCAUCUAUUUCUACUUGGGCCAGGUAGCUAUCCUUCUUUUUAAAUCUGGCUGAAGUUGCUGAACAAAUGGCUUCCAAAUGAAGUUGGUCCAAGUAAAAGACUACUUUAAAGAAAACCUUUUUGACUAAUCUACAAAAGGAAACAUAAGGAAGAAUAUGCCCUAUGUAAUUUCUGCAACGAUGGAUCAAAUUUUUCAAGCUGCCCUUUUUUCUCCCAAGUCUUUCUAUGACGGGUCACUGGAGUGUUCUGGUGACUUGUAUUUAUUUUCUUUUUUUUCCAACAUUUCCAGUUCAAUAAACACGUUUUGAUAU